AUGGCCAACCGGAAUCGUCAAGCCAUACGGUGCCAGAGCAACCAGGGAAACCGGCGGCCACAUGCGCAGCCAGCGGGAACGCUCCACCUGCCAGCACCCGCGUCGAGGCGGAGGCCGCUGCGCGUGAGCGGGCCGCCAAUCGUACAGUGGGCACGAGUUCCACCCCCGGAGUUUGGAGAUGCGGUGCUGACGCCCGCUUCCGCGGCACAAGCACCACUGGCGUUUCCGGCUCCACCACUGUGGUCCACACUGUCGGUAAACCUCGUCGCGCCUAUGUGGGCCCCAACGGUGUUCCCAGCCCCUGUGUUGGUGUCAUCUGCCCUUGGUGCACCGGGAACGUGGGCAGUACUGGUACCUCCUGUCCCAUCACCGGUGGCCCCAGGUGUGCUUGUGCGAGCACCACCGGUGAUGGCAUACCCACCGGUCGGGAUAAAUGCAACGUGGGUUAUACCAGCGAGCGUUACCGUAUCGUUGGUAGAACCCGCAAUGCCAACCACAUCGCUGGUGUCAGCCAUAUCUCCACUGUCGUGGACGACCACGUACGAGACUGAGGACGAGUACGCCGUGAUCGAGAGCGCUGUCUACCUGCACCCGCUGUGGGUGACCACCCCAGUUGCCACAGCCCGCUACUUCUAG